AUGGCCACGCCUUACCCUCCCUCUAUUGGCAAAGGCCCUACCGCGCCCGUCCCUGACACCGUUGAUUUCUCUCCCAAGAAGCCCAACGGUGGCAACUACAUGCCCUCAAAGUCCAGCAAGGCUCCGGCUUCCAAGACUUCUGAUGCACCCGCGGCCAAUGGCGGCAAGCUCAGAGUGAGAGCCACGGGAGAGCAAGUCACUAACGGCCUUGCCCGAUUCGAUAACUCCAACAUCACAGAUGGCGUUGGUGACGGCGUCGACCAGUACACCAUGUACUUCGGCGAUGGAAGCACUGGCGCCGGUUGGCCUGAUCAGAGCCGAUGGGUCUCCUUCGAGAACAUGUUCAACAACUACAAGAACCAGAUGUUUGCUUCUUGCCAAAACUUGGCGACUCCCCAGGCCAAUGACAGUGGCCCAGAAGUGGGUGCUAUCUGGGAUGGUAUUCAAAUGGCCGCUGCCGCCACUGGUGUCGACCACCGUAUGAUCUUGGCUAUCAUUAUGCAGGAGUCUCACGGCUGUGUCCGUGUCAACACCUCCAACUUUGGAGUCCGAAACCCCGGCCUGAUGCAAGAUCACAAUGGCGCUGCCACUUGCAACGACGUCGAUGCCAAUGGCAACCUUAUUGUCCAGAACCCCUGCCCCUCAGCAACCAUCUACCAGAUGAUCAGCGAGGGCACUGCUGGUACCAACGACGGCGAUGGCAUUGCCAACUGCAUCAACGAGUCUGGCCGAAGCGAUGUUUCGGCUUAUUACCGAGCUGCUCGUAUUUACAACUCGGGCUCCAUUUUCGCCGGCACUGGCAACCUUCAGGAUGGCAUUGCUACUCACUGCUAUGCUAGUGAUAUUGCCAACCGACUGACCGGCUGGGUCAAUGCAGCAAGCCAGUGCAACUGCGAUAACGACCCCAGCAGCUGUGGCAUUGUUACCAACUAA